CUAUCGGACUACAAGCAUACGAGCACCGGGCGGAGGAUGGACAGAGGCUCAGCUGUGUAGCCGGACAGACAGUCUCUGUGCUCGGACAGGAAACCAUUGCCGUGGCCGGUCCUCUCGCAGCAGGGCUGGAUGCUGGAGGACACCGGGAGCAGCUGUUAGUGAGUGAUUGACGGGGCAGAACAUGGCUUCUUCUCCGGUCACACCAGCAUCGCUCGAAGGAGGGACACCUUCACCCACCGGGAAUGAGGAGCCCGCUACAACCCGACAGUCGGACAGCAACACCAGUUUCCUGCGAGCGGCGAGGGCAGGGAACAUCGACAAGGUUUUGGAAUAUCUGAAAGGGGGAGUGGACAUCAGCACCUGCAAUCAGAAUGGUCUUAAUGCACUGCACCUGGCAGCCAAGGAGGGCCAUGUGGAUCUGGUCCAGGAGCUGCUGGAUAGAGGUGCAGCAGUGGAUUCAGCCACAAAGAAAGGGAACACAGCACUUCACAUAUCCUCUCUAGCUGGUCAGGUGGAAGUCGUGAAGAUCCUGGUCAAACGAGGAGCUGACAUCAACUCACAGUCUCAGAAUGGAUUCACUCCUUUGUACAUGGCUGCCCAGGAGAAUCAUUUGGAUGUGGUGCGAUACCUUCUGGAGAAUGGAGGCAACCAGAGCACUGCUACAGAGGAUGGCUUCACCCCUCUAGCCAUUGCCCUCCAGCAGGGUCACAACCAGGUAGUUUCUAUCUUACUGGAGAACGAUACUAAAGGCAAGGUCCGCCUUCCUGCCUUGCACAUUGCUGCCCGCAAGGAUGACACCAAGUCAGCUGCCCUGCUCCUCCAGAACGACCACAAUGCUGACGUCCAGUCGAAGAGUGGAUUCACACCCCUGCAUAUCGCUGCCCACUAUGGCAACGUCAAUGUGGCCACCCUCCUGCUGAACCGAGGGGCAGCAGUCGACUUCACAGCGAGGAAUGGGAUUACUCCUCUACAUGUGGCGUCCAAGCGUGGCAACACUAACAUGGUUGGUCUGCUACUGGACCGAGCCUCUCAGAUUGAUGCUAAAACAAGGGAUGGUCUGACUCCCCUUCACUGCGCGGCUCGGAGUGGACAUGAUACAUCUGUGGAGCUGCUGCUGGAGAGAGGAGCACCCUUGCUGGCCAGGACCAAGAAUGGGCUGUCUCCUCUUCACAUGGCGGCACAAGGCGACCACGUCGAAUGCGUCAAACACCUUCUGCAGCACAAGGCUCCUGUUGAUGAUGUCACGUUGGACUACCUGACAGCGUUACAUGUUGCAGCUCACUGUGGUCACUACAGAGUCACUAAACUGCUGCUGGACAAGAGGGCCAACCCCAACGCCAGGGCACUGAAUGGCUUCACCCCGCUGCACAUAGCCUGCAAGAAAAACCGAGUGAAAGUGAUGGAGCUGCUGGUCAAAUAUGGAGCCUCUAUCCAGGCCAUUACUGAGUCUGGUUUGACUCCCAUCCACGUAGCAGCCUUCAUGGGUCACCUGAACAUCGUCCUGCUGCUGCUGCAGAACGGAGCCUCGCCUGACGUCAGCAAUAUCCGUGGCGAAACUGCGUUACACAUGGCAGCCAGGGCAGGUCAGGUGGAGGUGGUCAGAUGUCUGCUGAGGAACGGAGCAAUGGUGGACGCCAGGGCACGGGAGGACCAGACUCCCCUCCACAUUGCGUCCCGUCUGGGAAAAACAGAAAUUGUGCAGCUGCUGCUACAACACAUGGCCCAUCCUGAUGCUGCCACAACCAACGGCUACACCCCCCUCCACAUCUCUGCCAGGGAGGGGCAGGUGGAGACAGCCUCUGUCCUGCUAGAGGCCGGAGCGUCACAUUCACUGGCUACCAAGAAAGGUUUUACUCCCCUGCAUGUGGCCUCCAAGUACGGAAGCCUAGAUGUAGCCAAACUUCUGCUCCAGCGUCAUGCUCCACCUGAUUCUGCUGGGAAGAACGGCCUCACCCCGCUCCAUGUCGCAGCACAUUACGAUAACCAGAAGGUGGCACUCCUGCUUUUGGACAAAGGAGCGUCCCCCCACACCAUGGCUAAGAAUGGCUACACUCCUCUCCACAUCGCGGCUAAGAAGAACCAGAUGGAUAUCGCCACAGUGCUGCUGCAGUACGGAGCCGAAACCAACAUCCUGACAAAGCAGGGUGUCACGCCGCUCCAUCUGGCCUCCCAGGAGGGCCACGCAGACAUGGCUGCCCUGCUCAUGAGCAAGGGAGCCCAGAUCAACAUCCAAACUAAGAGUGGCCUGACUGCCCUCCAUCUGGCAGCCCAGGAGGAUAAAGUGGCUGUUGCCGAGAUCCUAGCCAGAAACGGAGCCAACCUCGACCAGCAGACCAAAUUGGGAUACACCCCGCUCAUUGUGGCAUGUCACUACGGUAACGCCAAGAUGGUCAGCUUCCUGCUUCAGAAUGGAGCCAGUGUCAACGCCAAGACCAAGAAUGGAUACACUCCCCUUCACCAGGCAGCCCAGCAAGGAAACACACACAUCAUUAACGUGCUGCUGCAAAACGGUGCCAAGCCCAACGCUAUCACUGUGAAUGGUAACACAGCUCUGGGUAUUGCUCGGAGGCUGGGCUACAUCUCUGUGGUGGACACGCUGAGGGUUGUCACUGAAGAGAUCAUUACCACCACAACGACGGUGACAGAGAAACACAAGCUGAACGUGCCAGAGACCAUGACUGAAGUGCUGGAUGUCUCGGAUGAAGAGGGCGAUGACACGAUGACAGGUGACGGAGGGGAGUAUCUGAGGGCCGAGGACCUGAGGGAGCUGGGAGACGACUCCCUGCCGGGACAGUAUCUGGAUGGAAUGAACUACCUCCGCUUCAGCCUGGAGGGAGGACGCACUGACAGUUGUGACAGGUCCUUCACACCCACCCACCACAGCUACUACUCCCCUAAACAUGAAGGCAUGAUGGAUGAGAUGCUGAGCUGUCACCAGGUUUCAUCACUUGCCAGGGAGAAUGAGAGGGAUUCGUACCGUCUGAGUUGGGGCACAGAGAACCUGGACAAUGUGGCUUUAUCCUCCAGCCCCAUUCACUCUGGUUUCCUGGUCAGCUUCAUGGUGGAUGCCAGGGGCGGAGCCAUGCGUGGUUGUCGGCACAACGGUCUACGCAUCAUUAUCCCGCCCAGGAACUGCAGCGCGCCCACACGGGUGACGUGCCGACUGGUGAAGAGGCACCGUCUGGCCACCAUGCCGCCGAUGGUUGAGGGCGAGGGCCUGGCCAGCAGGGUCAUCGAGGUGGGGCCGUCUGGAGCCCAGUUCCUCGGUCCUGUGAUUGUGGAAAUCCCCCACUUUGCUGCCUUGCGGGGGAAAGAGAGGGAGCUGGUGAUCCUGAGAAGUGAGACUGGAGAGAGCUGGAAGGAGCAUCACUGUGAACACACCCAAGAGGAACUCAACCAGAUACUCAACGGCAUGGAUGAGGAGCUGGACACACCAGAGGAGCUAGAGAGGAAGCGCAUUUGCCGUAUCAUCACUAGGGACUUCCCACAAUACUUUGCGGUGGUGUCGCGCAUCAAACAAGACAGUAAUCUCAUUGGUCCCGAAGGAGGCAUCCUGAGCAGCACAGUUGUCCCCCAAGUACAAGCAGUUUUUCCUGAGGGGGCCCUCACCAAGAGGAUCAGGGUCGGACUGCAGGCCCAGCCAGUCAGUAUGGAUGCAGUGAGGAAGAUCCUGGGGAACAAGGCCAUGUUCAGCCCCAUCGUCACCCUGGAGCCCCGCAGGAGGAAGUUCCAUAAACCCAUCACCAUGACCAUCCCUGUCCCCAAAAGCAACUCCGACUCGGUCCUCAAUGGAUUUGGAGGGGACACCCCCACCUUGCGACUGCUCUGUAGUAUCACCGGUGGAACGACGCCUGCUCAGUGGGAGGACAUAACAGGAACCACUCCGUUAACAUUCAUCAAUGACUGUGUCUCCUUCACCACCAAUGUGUCUGCCAGAUUCUGGCUGAUAGAUUGUCGGCAAGUCCAGGAGUCUGUCAACUUCUCCACCCAGGUGUACCGAGAGAUCAUCUGUGUCCCUUACAUGGCCAAGUUUGUCAUCUUUGCCAAGACCCACGAUCCCAUUGAGGCCCGACUGCGCUGCUUCUGCAUGACAGACGACAAGAUCGACAAAACCCUGGAGCAGCAGGAGAACUUCACCGAGGUGGCCCGCAGCCGAGAUGUAGAGGUCCUGGAAGGCAAACCUAUCUAUGCAGACUGCUUUGGAAACCUUGUUCCCCUUACCAAAAGUGGCCAGCACCAUCUCUUCAGCUUCUUUGCCUUCAAGGAGAACAGACUAGCACUCUUCAUCAAAAUCAGAGACAACACUCAGGAGCCGUGUGGCCGUCUGUCCUUUAUGAAAGAACCCAGGAACUAUAGAUCACUCACCCAAAAUGCCAUAUGCAACCUCAACAUCACCCUGCCAUCAUACAGCAAGGAGUCCGAUUCAGACCACGAGCAAGAGGAAGAGACCAGCAGAAUGCUAGAGAAAUAUGAAGAGACGGAGACAUCAGUCCUGAAAUCUGAGCUGAUUCGAGAACCAGACCUCCUAUCCGACGUGUCAGAGAUGAAGCAAGAUUUGAUCAAAAUGACUGCCAUCUUGACUGCAGACUCCACAGAGAAAUCACCUUCCUUAGGAGGGUGUGGUCUAGAGAAAGGGACUGAGGAUGUUUCUGGAGAGCCAUUAGAAAUAAUGGAGAAGGACUUAGAGAAAGUCAAAGAGGACCUAGAGAAAGUCAGCGAGAUACUGAGGAGUGGAACAUAUGAGGGUGAGGCAGCAGAGGAGGCAGCAAAAGCAGCUAGAAUGGCUGAAGAGUGGGUUCUCCUCUCAGACAGUGAGAUUCAGGAGGCCAAAAAGAUGGCAGCUUUAGAAAUUCAAGAGCCUAUCUUACGUGAAAGUAGAGCUAACAGAGGGGCUCCCAGACCCAAAGCCAUAAAGGACAGUGGUGACCUUAAAGAAUACCUCCUGGAUGCACCAGUAAGCUCCAAAAUAAAAGCUAAAAAAGAGCCAGCUGUCCAAGAAAGAUUCACUGAUGUUGUACUACGCAAAAGUUCAAAACCAACCUCUGCAACCAAAGUUCAUGACAAAACAGCUGCUGGUGAAGUUAAAAAGCCAGUCAGAAAGAAGGGGAAAGACCAGGUGCAGGCGGAGGAAUCAACAGAGACAGGUGCACUUUUAAGUGUGCCCACAGCCCCUGCCCCAGCAUCACCUGUGUCCCCAGUGGUUGAAGAAACUCCAAUUGGGUCAAUAAAGGACAAAGUCAAAGCCUUACAACAAAAAGUAGAGGCAGAGCAAAAGAGCAAAAAGGUCACUGGAAGCAAGCCUUCACAAUUGCCUAUUAUGAGCAAACCUUCUCCAAAAGCCAAAGAAAGCCCUAAAUCCAAACAGGUCCCACCUAAAUCCCCCAAAGCUGAAUCUGAAAAGCUUGAGGAGACCAUGUCAGUUAAAGAGUUGAUGCAAGCAUUCCAAACAGGGCAGGACCCCUCAAAGAGAAAGUCUGGGCUAUUUGAGCUCAAAACAUCCACUACAUCAAAAUCAGAGAAAACUGUCCAAUCAAAGUCCAUGACCAAGGCAGUAACCUCACGUGUCUCUCAAGAACGAGAAGUGUCUUUGGAUUCCAAACCUUGCAAGAAAGAGACUACUCCGCAAGAUAGAGAGAAAGAAACCAAGUCAGUCGCUGCCGCCCAUUCAGAGCUAACUGAAACUGUGGACUUUGGAAACGGUGACCUUGAUGAUAGCUCUGACAGCUUAAAACAUGAGGGUGUGGCGGACUCACUAAGUGCCAGUUCUGGAGAUGGAACCCCUCAUCUGAGCUCUGAGGACAGUUACAAACAUGAGGCUCUAGCAACUCCAGGCACAAGCCCAGAAAGUCUGUGUCCUUCUCCCAAAACUGGACAGCAGACCUCUACAACUUCGGCAAUAACUGUCACAACAGUCAAAAUAGAAAGUAAAGACACUGAGAAGUCUGGAGACUCUGGUGUAGAGACCACUGGUGACCAGCUCUCUACAGAAUUGACCCUCCCUGUCUUUUCCAGCGAGGCUGCAGAUGACCACACUACAAGUGAGUCCAUAUCUGUUAAGAGGAGCGAGUCUAAGCCAUCUAAACCUCAAAAGCUAAUAAAGAGAGUUUCAGAAACUGUAGAAACUUUUCUUAGCGAUGACGAGAGCCCUGAUCAUCAGCUAGCUUUGUCUUUAGUUGGUUCUCCAGCCUCUAGAUCCUCUUCUCAGCGUCAUGAAGGCUUAGAGCUGCCUUUAAAACAGGACUCAGAUGCUCUCAGCCCAUUAGCUGAUGACUCUUUGACAAUAAGCCACAGAGACUCUCUAGAGGGUAGUCCUCUCAUGGAAGAAAACUCCUCCGAUAAGUCCCCAGACUCUAUUGAACCUAGCCCAACCAAGGAAUCGCCCCCUCAUGACUCCUUAGAGAGCAGCCCUGUAGAGCAAAAAAACCACCCAUCCUUCCCAUCAGCUAAAGGUGCACCCAGUAAAUCCUCUAGCCAUCCAGAGUCCUCCAAAGCUACAGAAUUUUCCCAAGAUGCUUUGCGUGGUAGGCUGCUUCGAGACCAUGACGCUAGUGCUGAUGAUGACAGUUGUGAGCAGACAUCUCAGAUGACAAGUUCUGGUAAGAGUCCCCUCUCCCCUGAUACUCCUAGUUCUGAAGAGGUAAGUUAUGAGGUAAACCCCAAACCCCCUGACCAUACAUUCCUGUCUGUUCCAUCCAAACCGGCUGUCAUCCCUGAAGACCCAGAAGAAGAGGAUACAUCAGACAGCUAUGAAGCUAAGAGAAAAAUCACUCCAGAGGAGGAGAUGUUUAAGAUGGCAGCCAAAAUAAAAACAUUUGAUGAAAUGGAACAAGACGAAAGGAGCAAAAAGAACUCUAGAAAAGAUUGGUUUUCCUCAGCAGAUGCCAAAGUAGGGGAUGACAGCUAUGAAACAUUAGAGCCCACAAGUCAGAAGCUUUCGCAAAGUGAAUGUGGGCUCAAUAGACCCGCUGAAGAUUCAAAGGUAGCUCUUUUUGUUGAUCUUCAUAUUAAAGUACAACCUCCCUCUCCUUUUUCAGCAGGUUUGCAUGACGGAUCGCACAGCAAAGAUGUCAAGAAAACAACAACAACAACAACAACAACAACAACAGCCAGUGUAACUUCAGAGGGACCUCACUCUGUCUCAGACCAGCACCAUUCAAAAUACAAACUGGAAACUACACAGGAACAAAGAGCCGAGCCAUCUGCUAGAGCUAAUAACAACAGUACUGCCAAAAAGGCUGCUGUAACACCGAACGCUGAAAACAGGACUGAUGAGCAAAAGGAGGAGAGCUUAAGGAAGUCAAAAGAAAGUGAAGGAGAUGAUAAUGGUGCUCAAGAGUUAGGUGUUAGCAAUCUGACUGGUACGCUAAAACAAGGUAGCAAUGUAACAGAUGAAGUAAAAGGAGAUCAAAAAGGGCAUACAGGUGCACCAGAGGCUGGACUCAGUGCAACAGCUGCCACAGGUCAAACAAAGGAAAUGUUCAAACCGGAGGUCUGUAUCUAUGACGACACAGAGGAGGAUGAUGAGGCACUGGAACCUCCCAGAACUGAGUCAAAAGGUGUCACUGCAAGGGUAGACACUGACUCAUGGUCUGCCAUGCGGGAGGAUGAUGCCACUUUUGCAGCUCGUGUCAAAGAGGAGGAACAGAAGAUACUAAAUUUGGUGGUGGACCGUCAGUCUCUGCAAGCAACUCCAGACACAACACCUGGUAGAACACCGACAGAAGAGAGCACUCCUACCAGUGAGCCCAACCCUUUUUUAUUCCAAGAAGGGAAGCUCUUUGAGAUGACCCGAAGUGGUGCUAUUGACAUGACUAAGAGGAGCUAUGAGGAAGAGGGGGGUGGCUUUGCCUUUUUCCAGAUAGGUGAACAGCCUUUAGAGGAGCUUCUCUUAGAAGAGGCCAGAGAGGAAGGCAUGAGGUCGGCAGAAGAACCUGAAGUCGGCCUCAAUCUAACACUGGAGGUUAAAACUGAAGAGACUGAGAAAUCAAAAGAAACAACUGAUUCUCAGCUUCAGUCCUCACCUGAAGGUGAUCAGCCAGCCUCUAAAGCUGAUGCAUCCAAAUCUAAAAUCCCUAAAAUGGGCAUUUCAGCUUCAGCCAAACCUACAAAGAAAGAUCAGACUUCACCUGAAGGUCUAGAAACUAAAACUGACAAAAAUGUAAAUGAAGGAUGCUUAGAUUUAGACACAAGUUCCCCUGACCAAAUGAUAACGAAUGUACAGACAGCAGAAACUACAGUCACUAGAUCAGUUUACUCUGAGCAGGGCCAAGAGUCCUCUGAUUCUUCUCCAGAGGAACCACAGUCAGUGAUAGAAGCACCCAAACCAACAGGCAAGUCCAAACAAAGUGCUUCCAGUAGUGUUAAAAAGACUCCGGUCAAAACACAAGCUAAGUCUGCUCCUCAAGGUCGGGGUAAAUCCACAAUUGCUUCUCCAUCUCAUGCAACCUCCUCCUCAAACACUCUUAAAAAAGAGGCCUCCUUCACUUCUGAGUCUAAAUCUAGAAUUCCCAUCAAGGCUAGUACUCUCAAGCCUGAUUCUACUGUCAAACGUGCUGAAUCUACCCAAAACAAAAAGCUUAAUGUCCCUGUAAAAAAGGAUACAAGGAGAAAAUCUGAGACAGACGCAGGUCCUUCUGUGGAAGUCAAAACCAAGACACCAUCUUCCAAAGCCAAGAGCUUCUGUGAGGGGGAGUCUACCAGGACAUCUGGUAAAAAAGAACAGGGUCGCCCCUUGAGUGCUGAGGCAGCAAAAUCUAAAAGCUUCCAGUCCAGAUUGCCAGUCCGAGGCAAAAGUGGGCAGUCGCCUCAUUCAUCUACACCCACUAAAGAGAAAAGUGAGCCAUGCAAACAGUCCGAGUUCUUCGAAGAGAUAAGUGAUGAAGCAGCAAAACUUGUGGCAAGGUUAGCACAGGCAGAGACAGACAAAGAACAAGAGGCUGACGCCGCCAACUCAGACGAUGAGAGCAGUCUCAUUGAUCCAUCAAUCAUAGAAAGAGAAACUUUCCCUGAGAUGCAGUUCCCUCCCUCAGGAGACGUCUUUCCCAUUAGACCACUGUGGGACGACCCUGUUGAGACACAGAUGCAGCGAAUCCCCGAUGAUAAAGUCCAAAGUCAAGUAGAUCCACAGGAUGAAGCAGAAAGAAAAGAGCAACGGUUGGCCAUUAUAGCUGACCAUUUGGGCUUCAGCUGGACAGAGCUGGCACGAGAACUGGACUUCAGUGAGGAAAGGAUCAACCUGAUAAGGAUUGAAAACCCCAACUCACUUCAAGACCAAAGCCACGCUCUUUUGCAACUCUGGGCAGAGAGGGAGGGAAAACAUGCCACAGAAACAAGCCUGAUCAAAAGACUGACUAAGAUCAACCGAAUGGACAUUGUUCACCUCAUUGAAACUAAGAUAAACAAGUCCACUCAGGAGGAGACAUCAUCACAUACCUAUGCAGAAAUAGAGCAGACCAUAGCACUGGAUCAUAGUGAAGGUUUCUCUGCCCUUCAUGAAGACAUCGACAGCCCCAGGUCAGGCAGGCGUACAGAUGCUACACGUAGGAGUCCAGGCUCAGGACAAGAGGUACCCAUGGUGUCAGCAGAGGACCUGUCUUCCAGUUUGUCAUCACUUCAUGAGACAAUGGGACGAUCAGACACAGGUUCCACUGCAACAGGCCUUCUUAAAAAUUCCCAGAAAGAGAAACUACAAAAAGAGAUGAAGACGGCAUAUUCAUCACAACACGUAUAUGAGGAACUGACAGACACGGUACACACAGGCAAUUUUAAACAAGAGAUAGCUGAGGAGCUAGGGUUGCUGUCCUCUGAUAGCUCAGAGGAGGAGGUGCUGACCACCAGGGUGGUCCGACGCAGAGUUAUCAUACAGGCGGAUAAUCUCCCAGAUAUCCCACCACAGACUGUCACAGAGGAGAAGUACACAGAUGAGCAUGGCAACAUGGUAGUUAAGAAAAUCACACGGAAGGUGAUUCGCAAAUAUGUGUCAGCGGAUGGCAUGGAGACACAGGAAGUGACCAUUGAGGGCUCUCACCAGGAGACGGUGCAGAUCGAGGAGGGAGACGCUGUCUCCAGAGUGGUGAAGAGAACUGUGCUUCACAGUGACGGAGAUCAGAAAGAGUUGACGUUCUCGGAGCCCCUGGCCCUGGGCGCUGCCACCGCAUCAGAGUUCGAGGUGGAGCCAGUGCAAGGUCGAAAGGUCAGCAAGGUUGUCAAGACAACAGUGGUGAGAGGCGAGAGGAUGGAGAAGCAUACUGGAGACCCCUCACUUGCUGCAGAUCUCCCCUCAGCCAGAGAGGACUUUGAGAAGGCAUUGAGUUAUGCUGGAGGCUUUGGGAAAGUACUCCUGCCUCAUGUAGUAGAGAAAGACAUUGUGCAGGACGACGGUUCUGUGGUUAAAAGAAGCCAGAUGCGUAAGUCGCGAACCCAGAAGAGGACUGUGGUGAGGGAUGCCCAGGGGAAGCACGUGCACCUGGAGCGUCUGGACGACCACCCAGACGCCCUGCGGCCCGACGCACUGCAGCAGCACCUGCACCGACUGCUCCAACGCUACUGUGAGAAAAACCAGGAAGAGGAGGAGGAGGAGGGAGGAGACCAGGAGGAGGAGGAGGAGAGCUUUGACUGAGCAGCUGCUUUCACAGAUCCUCUGCCUCCAUCUUAAAGCCUUUAGUGACGUAUGCUUCCUCAGAUCAAGAUGUUCCAGAUCCCCUUCUCCUUGUCCUCGCUGAUCACUGGAUUGAAGUUUGAGGAUUUUUUUGUUGAAUAAAGGAACAGUAUUUUUGUGCUUUAACACUCUUCCUUCCUUCACAUUGUGUUUCAUUUGCUCUUUUUGUGACCAAAGAUAGCACCCUUCAUUUUUGUCGGAAGAUGGUUUUUGUUUCUACCUUUAUGUCUGCUGUGGUGUGAUUACGCUACGACUCACCGAAGGUGGGUCAAAGUCAAAGGGGGCAUCUCGGACGUUUCGCCUCACACACAGGCCUCUUCUUGAAGAACUCUUGUAAACAUUUGUACAUAGGAGACAAAAAAAUCAUGCUUAGACUGGGGGGAAAAGUCCGGAAAAAAAUUCAAAGCAUUUAAUACAUUAGCCCACCUAAACCUGCUGUACAUGCACCGAUUCAGCUGGAGAAUGGCCACCGUACAGAUGAGAUUAAUGUUACAUAGAGAAGAAAUUGGGAGGAGUGAAUGUGUGUAUCAUCAUGGACUCUUUAUACAACCAAACACCGCCCUGCUGACCUGUUUACAAAGGCUGUGUGAUCACACCUUUUGUCUUCCCAUGAUGCAUCUGCCCUUUUAUUUUGUUCGCGUCUGUCCUUCUAAUGCGUGUUGUGCAUUCACAUUUUACAUGUCACAGAGCUGCCACCUCUGUGUGUAUAUACAGCGUGUCUAUGCCGUCUGUGUUUCGCCCUGCAACCUCACACGCGCUGCUUCUCCUCACCUCAAACUGCAGCCGUGCUCAUAUAAUGGUCCUCCAUCGAGCCUUUUAAAGGAAAAGUCUGGCCGCAUUGUUCUUGUCAACAAAUCCCACGUGCGGAGUCGAACCAACAUUGAAUGUAUCUGAUAACAAGUACUGUACGUGUGUGUUCUUCCUCUGUGCCACUGAGCUCCAGCAACUAUUACGACACAUCGGUGAGCCUCACUGUUGCACUGGGUGACAUGUUCCUCCAUCACCAUGGACAUAUUUAGUUAAACGUAGUGGAGAAUGUGCGCCUAACCUGUUUCACAUGUGAAAGUCAGUUGUAAAACGUCAUGGUGAUGUCAUCAGGUUAUCUCAGCUUUGGGGUUGAAGACUAACAGGAAGCCGGUGUAACAAGCUGGAGGGGUGUGUAUCUAGCAGGGAGGGUCUAACAAAGAGAUGCCACUGAGUUGCAUUAUGGGAAAUGUAAUGAUCUUUGGAAUUUGACUCAUACUAAGGGUAAGUAAGUAAAGUUUAUUCAAAAGAGAACCUUUUCACAGAGCACCACAAUAAAUUGUCAUAAUUUACCGUUAUCCCGCAUUGUGGUUCAUAUCAGGGAGAAAAAAGUAUUAUAUUAGAGGAUUUUAGCUCGUCAUUGCUGCCCUGUUGUUUUACCACCAAUUAACAUAUUUUACUUGUCAAUCAUGUGUGAUGCUGCAAAAUCAGUCGCUGUGUGCAGAAACUAUGUUUUGCUUUAUUUACAUGAUGAAACAUUUAGGCUACUUAAUUAGUUCUGUACAUUAGUGGGCUAUCUCAUCAUAAUCUGUUUUUUUCGAUCAUGAAACAAACAUGGCCAAAAGUGACAUGGCUCUAGCUGACGGCAGAGAGGACAUUUCACAAAAAAUGUUUCAUUGCUUCCUGAGUAAUGAAUGAAGUUAAGGCUGUGACUGAUCACUGUAAUUUAUUCUGACUCAGCCCCACAUGCACCGUUACCUCCUGUUAAUUUGACACAGUGAGCCUUUUUAAAAGAUGAAACAAUCUAUUUAUGAUUAGUUUUUAAGGCUUUACAUCUUCAAUAGGAACCGAUGGGCUCGGGGGCUGAGAGCCACAGACGGGGCAGGGAAGUCACAUUGGUGGUUUUGGUCUUUUCAUGGGGUUUGUUGACAAUAAAAAACUACAGAACAACACCAGACUUGUCCUUCAGGUUUAUGGACACCACACAUAACAGAUAUGCUUUGCUUUCAUUGCUGUUGUUCUUGUUAUCACUGCUAUCAGGAUUAAACUUCCACUGACUUCAUCACAUACAUACUUCCUUAUUUAUUUAUUACCGUCCAUUUGUGAUAUCUGUUUACUCCAGCAGUUGAAGCUGAGAGUGGUGUGUGUGUUUGAAUGUGUUCUAAAGCUAAAAGUAAAGACAAAUGAAGACUUUUUUUGCCACCGUAGAUGUAGAGGAUUUGCCGGUUGAAUUGUGUACAGACUGAUGUUUGGUGUUCAUCUACAGACUUUAUCUAUGUAACAAUACGAUCCUCACGUUGCCAUUUAUUUUGAGUGUGAUCCAAUGGAACAAUAAAAGAAAUGUCAAAAAGAGAUCGUUGAUUUGAUAUAUGAGCAUCUUGUUUCCAUGGUGAUAAAAAUAUAUACAUAUUAACAGCGCAAAUAUCUACGCGGGCAUGUAUGACGUUAUCAAAUUAUUACUAAAACGUUAACCUGAAACGCUAACAAGGCAUAGCAGCUGCAGUGUGUACAUGGCGGAACAAUAAAACUGUACAUGUGUCAAA